AUGACUCUUGCAAGCGGCUUUAUGGAAGUGCACGAUUUUGUGUGUAUCUGUGUACACUGCAAAGCCACUGAAACACAAUUUGCAUUUCCGAUUCAGAAAGAAAGACUAGAACAGGAAAAGCGUUUGCUAGAGAAACUGAUUGCUGAAAACCGCGAAAUUGAGUGCAACGAAAGGGUAGCGGAAUAUAAUAAAAGGAAAUCUCUGCGAGAAGCAAUAGAGAAACAGGUCGCUUCUGACCCCACACUGCAGUGCAGCGAUUUUGAGGCUGAGAGGAAGCGCUGUGAGGAAGUGGUAGCAAAAGAAUUGGCUGACAUUAAAGCUGAAAAGGAGGCUGCUUGGCGCCGGAAGCAGGAACUAAAGGCGAGCAAUCUGGAGACGCUAGCGCGGCGCCAAAAGGAGACGUCUGAACGACGACAGAGUGAACUUGACUUCGAGAAAAAUAAACUAAAGGAAUCUGAUGCCCUAUUUGAAGCCCAAGAUGCCCUGCGAAAAAGACCCUACAAGGUAGUCAAGGAGCUGUGCAAGAAGCAGGCGAGUCCGAAGCUUAGUGUCGAAGUGGCUGCCACAAACCUUGUUGAGGUGCUGUGUGCGGAGGAGAAUGGCUUGGCGAAUAGAGCUACAAAAGCUUCACAGGAGGCUAGAAUAGGUCGUGAGAUCCUCCUCUCCGUGCAGGAAGCCGACGAGAUAUUCAACGAGCCCGUGCAGCGAACCAAGGAACAACUGGACUACCGCACAAGCCUCAACCGCAUUCGUGAAUUCAAAGAAGCCAUGGCUAGAGAUGAAAAAGAGCGGCAAAGGCAGGCCGAUCUACAUUACUUGGCAGCAAGUGAACGCGAAGAGGCUACAUUGAAAAAGAGGGAUGAAUUCCGACGGUUAGCUGGCCUUGAAGUAGGCAAAUGCCUUCGGGAACAAAUUAGUGCAAAAGAGAGGGAAAUACGAUUGCAGCGACAGUCGGACAUCGAAGCUGACAAGAAACGGGACGCUGAAAGACAGAAACAUGACGACGCAGUUGAGGCCGAAAAGCAAAAAUUACUGACUGCUUUCGAAGCCUGGAGGUCAAACUUUUCACUUUUUCCUGCCAGUGAGACAGUCGAAGAUCUACGCCAAAAGAUUCAGUGCCGCAAAGAUUUGGCCACGUCACAUUGGAUUACCGAGACCCAUGAAAACUUUGCUACCUGGCAUUCGGGCGAGUCUUUGGAUCCAUUGGGCCCGAAACGUGCGUCAAAACUCAUUUGA